CUUUAUUCCCACAUACGGUAGGAAAACCUGUCAGAAUUCCGGUACGUAGUCAACCUACCUUGACUCCUACCUUGCAUGUGAUACAUAGGUACUAGACAAAAUCAUUUUAUUGUGAUACACGGAAAGUACUGAGGAAGGAACGUGACAGUUAGGCUGUUCAAAAUUGCUUUAUGGCUUCUGACGACAUGAAAAGCAGCUUGCUUCGUGUACUCACAACCCUAGGCUGUAAGGAGCCCUUUGAUGAUGCCGUGCUAGACUACGCGUGCGGAGUUCUUGAAAGCGCGGUAGAAGACCUAGGCGAGGAGGACGAUAACUUGGAGCAUUUGGAUUUGCUGCUUUCCGGGGCGUGCGGCGAGCAGUAUGAGGCUACAGCGGCCGAGGAGCGCUGCCGGCUGCUGGCCACCAUUGUUGACGAGGCUCGCCGAAGGGCCUCCGGCUCCACAGCACAGCCUUCAUCCGGCGCUCCGCUCCCUAGUUCCCAUGCUGUCGGGGUGACGCAGCGCCUUGGCGGCCUGGACCUGACUACACCUGGCAGCGCCGUCGGCAGACCGGCUAGCAGCAGCAGGCCGGACCAAGCAUUGGGCCGCAGCGGCAGCACCAGCAGCAGAGGUGCUGAGAACGUGUCCCCGACUGGUGACCCAGAUCGCCCGUUUGUGCCGUCCAGGGUAGUGCAAGAGCUUGCAGCCUUGUGCUCUGGAGCCGCCUCGGAGGAGUUCCUGCAGUACACGCUAGAACGCAAGUUUGGGGGCAGUGCGGAGGCGGUUGCUGCAUGGCUGCUGGACUCGGAGCCCGGGGAGCUGGAGGCUGCGCAGGAGGAGUGGCAGGAGCUGCGGGAACGGGAGCUGCGGGAGCAGGAGGAGGCCAGGUUGCUGAAGGAGCGGAACAAGCAGCAGAUCUUGCAGAAGUUCGAUCUGCGGCCCGUGCCUGAAUCCAAGGACCCAAAGAAACAGGGCAAGGGCGGCCCCGCGCUGGACGUCUGGAACGACAAGCAGCAGCCCCAGCAGCCCAAGGUGCGGUACUUGGACGGACGCGUGGUGAGCACCAAGGGCGAGAAGUUCAUCAUCGAGAAAGAUGGCGAGGAUUGGGAUGGCGGCAGCCGGGGGAAGGUGUACACGAAGGGCAAGCGCGGGAAGGGCUUCGUAUAGCGCAAGCUGUUCAAUGCAGGAGUGAUGCGCGCCUGGUGACAGUCUUAUUUCAUAGGCGUAGACUCGGGUGUACGAACGCAAUGAAUGUUACACUGUUAAGCUGCAGUUUCUAUGCUGUGUACACACCCUUGCAUAUAUGCUGUGUACACACCCUUGCAUAACAACUACUAGUCUGCGUGCCGUACAUAUCGUAUUGUAGAUGGCGGAAGCUGGCGGAAAGCUUAAUCUCCAUGACUCUUUACAGUAUGCAGGUAUUCCUUGCCGCGUGACCAUCAAUGUUCGUGAAGUUGGCCGCGUUCAUGUGUUUGGCAGGCACCCCAACGCGACCGAGGCAUGGGUCACCCAGCUCGACACGCCUCCCUGCACACUGCAAUUUCCUCGGACCUCUGGGGUCGCGUCCGCGCCAAGGUGUACCUAAACGCCCAUAAAUGUAAGGGCGCCUGGUCGCAUCAACUUGCGCCCUGUACACCCAUAACGCAUGGACAGCCCUCCGAUGCAUCCUCCAUGCGCCACAUGCAAGGCCGGCCAUGGACGCCCGCCUGCACCUUCCGCCGUGUUGGAGGUGCAAACUCAAGGUGUAAUUUCCUGAAGCUGCCGUGCACCAACAACCCCACGGGCAAACCGAAAGAAUCAACCCGGUGAAGCUACCAUAACGGAC